CCUGUGUGCGGAGCCGAUGGGCGGUGCUCAUUCACGCGCGCUUGCUCACUCCCGCUCGCACUACACACGCGAGACGCGACGCGGUGCUGUCGGCGGUUCAUCUGUGAAUUGCGCGUGAAUACUGACCCACAUCUUAGAGAAACACGCAGAUCUGCGCAAACAUUCUGGUGGAAACGGCGAACACGCGGAGCCAAACAACAGGCAGGAUGAGCAAAGUCCAAGGCGGCAUGAAAUGCGUCAAAUACUUGCUUUUCGUCUUCAAUAUCAUAUUCUGGCUCUCCGGUUCACUGGUUUUGGCCGUGGGGUUAUGGCUGAGGUUUGAUCCGGACACAACCUCUCUCCUAGGUGGCAAUGGCGCACCUGAACACUUCUUCAUUGCGGUGUACGUCCUCAUCGGCGCUGGAGGGCUCAUGUUGUUAGUGGGAUUCUUGGGUUGUUUUGGAGCCGUGAAAGAGUCGCAAUGUCUUCUGGGAUCGUUCUUCGCUUUUCUUCUGGUGAUCUUCGGUGCAGAAAUUGCCGCCGGGGUCUUUGGCUUUCUCAACAAAGAUACGAUCGUCAAGGAUGUACAAAACUAUUAUGAAGUCAUUAUGGACGAUGACAACGCGACCACUGUGGUCUCCGUGUAUCACAGUGUGCUGGAUUGCUGUGGGACUGAAUCAUCUCGUCCUCCUUCAUUGUGUACCAUUGAUAGCCCUGAUAAGGAUUGUCUGAAAGCUGUAGAUGACUUCUUCAAUGAAAAGCUCUUCAUCAUUGGAUAUGUUGGCAUUGGGAUUGCUGGAGUUAUGAUCAUUGGCAUGGUCUUCAGCAUGGUUCUAUGUUGUGCCAUCCGGAACAGCAGAGAAGUUAUUUAGGUACCUCACGGUUCCCCUCUUGCCCAUUUGGACUGACUCAUAAAAUUCACCUUCUUGACCUCAUCAGACCAUCACAUUCAGUCAUGGGUACAGGGUGCGACUCCCAUAAUGCAGUGAACGACAUAUUGUCAUUGUCUUUAAUUUUAAGCAUCGUUGCAUGGAUCAUUACUGCAACAACUGUAACAACAUUAACUUUUAUUUUGUCUUAAUUAUUUAUAACUGAAUUCUUGAUAUGAUCAAGUUUCCAAGUCCCUCCUCUUUACAGGUGCGGAUUGGGAAUCUACUUACUGAUGUAAAUAAGCGUUUUGAUGCCUCUUAAUGUUAUUUUUAAUGCUUUCACGUAUCUAUUGUGUGAACUACAGUGGGUUUUCUGUGCUAAUCUAGGGUUUUUAGAUCAUGGGUCAUAUCGAUGAAAUGUUUACGCUUUUGUGCAUGUUAUUAAUGUUUGUCAGAAGGCUGCAUCACCUGGAUACUGGAUGAAGCUGAGGAGUGGAUUCAGUAUUCCUUUAAGUCAACAUGAAACGAGCAUGACCCUGUUGUUUACAGUUAAUAAUAGUCCUGGUUUGUCGUGUUUGGUCAUGUUAAGGAAUGUUUAAGGUUUACUUUGUCACUUGUUUUACUACUGAAUACUGCAGUAAUGUAAACAUUUUAACAAACCAGUUGCUGGGACGUUCAAGGAAUAUUCCAUUUUCUUAAAAGAAAAA